AUGAACACUACUAGCUUGCUCAAUUUAAGUGCUCAGCCUAAUGUUCAUGCAAUUCACCAAAGACUUCAAGAACACAAGAAAAUAGAGGCAUCAUCAUCAAUUUCAUCAAUCAGUGAUCCCAAGAGUGAGAUACAUAACUUCAGUAAACAAGCCCAUUUGACAAUUUCACAAGUUAAGGAGAAGGAAGUUGAAUUUUCAUCACAAAAUAAAUCGGUAGUUCAAGAAAAACCUCAGAUCAAUCUGAAUGAAUUUCUUCAACAACUUAGAAAACGGAAAAGAGAUGAUGAUAAGGCAGACAAAAGUCAUGAUCAUAACAUUAGUUGUUUUACAGAGUCGGAAGGUUCAUUGAAAGAUGACAGUUCAAUUGCAAAUUUCUUUGCUGAUACAAGUUACAAUGGGGACAAAUCGGGUGCAAUAUUAGGGAAUUGA